CUGUUAUUUCUCUCACAAGUCUCAACUACUUACUUUGCUAUGAAUUGAUUACUGUUAUAUUUUUUUCCCUCUCUUUUUCUUCCUUUCCCACCACUUUCUAUUUCCCCCCUCUCUCUCUGCGCGUCUGUUUCUGAGUUUGUCUUUCUCACGCACGCAUUCAACCGUCGUCGUUGCUUCUUCUCCGGGUAUAAUCAAGAAACAAACUUUAGUUAAUCAUUCUCACCUCCCACUUUCUUCUAACCCUUUUCUUCAAUCUAACUCCACCAUCAAUCUUUCUUCUUUUUCAUCACUGUAAAUUCCAAUGUUGAGCCAGUCUUCCGCUUUAUUGAUUUCUUAAGUCACCGAAUCUCAAUCUACAUUUUUAGAUUUCUUUUAGUUUAUUUCAAGGAAAGGCUCUUUUUAUUGCCAGCCAUGACCGAGGUCCUCCAUUCCUCAUCCCAUUUCUCUUCCUCGUCAACGAGAACCUCCUCCUCUUCGUCUUCCCUGCCUCGUGCGCCCCUAUCUUCAUCGUCUCGCGCAACCACUCCCGGCGAUGGCAUUUUCAUUAUUGUUCACCAAGAACCUCCAUCGCCGUCUUCGCUAGCCGUAGAGGGUUGUUCGGCGGCGACGGACUGUGACACCGACCAGGAGUUGGAGGAGAGGGAUAAGCACCCCACGGAAGAGCUUUCUGUCUUGGAGCUUGUCGUGGCCCUUUUCAGGAAAUCCUUCCCUGCUUGUAAGAGUGGGAGGAGGGAGCUUUGUGCAAUGGAGAUCGGACCGCCUUCCAAUGUGCGGCAUGUUGCACAUGUCACGUUUGAUAGGUUCAAUGGUUUCUUGGGUUUGCCUGUCGAGUUCGAACCUGAAGUGCCCAGAAGGCCCCCGAGUGCUAGUACGACUGUUUUUGGAGUUUCAACGGAAUCCAUGCAGUUAUCGUAUGACUCAAGAGGGAACAUUGUGCCCACAAUUCUGUUACGAAUGCAGAAGCGCUUAUAUGCUCAAGGAGGAUUGCAGGCAGAAGGGAUUUUCAGAAUCAAUGCAGAGAACAGUCAAGAGGAAUAUGUUAGGGAGCAAUUAAAUAGUGGAGUGGUCCCACAGGGCAUUGAUGUACAUUGUUUGGCAGGGCUUAUCAAGGCUUGGUUUCGAGAGCUGCCCAGGGGUGUUCUGGAUUCUUUAUACCCCGAGCAGGUAAUGCAAUGCCAGACGGAGGAGGAAUGUGCUGAACUAGUGAGGCAUCUACCUCCUACUGAAGCUGCCCUCUUGGACUGGGCCGUCAAUCUGAUGGCUGAUGUUGUACUACAGGAACAUCUGAACAAGAUGAACGCGCGCAACAUUGCCAUGGUUUUUGCGCCAAAUAUGACUCAGAUGGCAGAUCCUUUAACUGCAUUAAUGUACGCAGUCCAAGUGAUGAAUUUCUUAAAGACACUUGUACUAAAGACCCUCCGGGAAAGAAAGGAUUUGUUGGUAGACUCUUCUCCUCAAUUUCAUUUCGAGCCGUCAGAUGAGAAUGGACACCAUAGCCCUAUGCAAUCCUUCCAGCGAGAUCCUAAUGAAGAAAGGGAAGAUGCACAGGAAAACUUCAUUUCCGAGAGAACUAUCCAAGAAUGUUCCCCUAACUCUACUCACCAAAGCAUUAACCUGGCUGGAGAAGAAUCUGGCAGUGUGUUAACCUCUUCUGAGCAUCUAGUUUGUGAUGGAGGUUUAUGUUGCAAGUUUUCGCCCAAAGGAAAUGCUGGGAAGAGUAAGACUGGCGGGCCAAGUAAUCCCAAUACUAGAAGGAAGACCAAAAAAGCCAGGGUACAACAACCUGCAAUACAUCGAAAAGUGCCUGUGGAGAAGAGGGGGAUUAGCAAUCUGAGUCGGUUGGAUUCAAGAUCAGAGAGGAUAGAAGCCUGGAGGUGAAAGAAGCACAACUGUGACGUGUGGCUCUGUAAUUUGUAAGUUGGAUUGGGUUGGAACUUGCAAAAGUAAAUUGUUUACUGGUUCACUCAUGUUUUUCUUUGUAUUCUUGGGUUUGCUUAACUUGUCCGAUUUUAGGAACAGUGUUCUAUGAUCACUCUAACCAUAUAAUGAAGUCGCAUCAGUUGUGUGUUUACUCUUGCUCAAA